AUGGGAACAGCCUGCUGGCUCUGGCUGCUCUGCUUUUGCUUGGCUGGGGGGCAGACCCUGGAAGAGCCCCCCUGCCGACUGCUGGGGGCCCGCGUCUCCGGGGCCUUGGAACAGCCGGGCGAUGUGGUCAUCGGGGGGCUCUUCCCCAUUCACCUGCGAGCCCCGGAGCCUGACACGCAGUUCACGGAGAGAGCCGCGCCCUCCGUGUGCCUCGACUUUUACAUGCGCUCCUACCGCUGGCUGCAGACCAUGAUCUUCGCCGUGGAGGAGAUCAACCGGAACGCGGUGCUGCUGCCCAACUUCACGCUCGGCUAUGUGGUGGCGGACAGCUGCCUGGCCGAGGGGCCCACGCUGGGAGCUGCACUGAGCCUUGUGACUGGCUGGGACCAAGGUGCCCCACAGCCGGGGUGCGAGGGCCCGCCCCGCGUGCCUGUCAUCGUCGGGGAUGCCCGCUCCUCCGGCUCCAUUGCCAUCGCCCGCACGCUGGGCGUCUUCAACAUCCCCUUGGUGAGCUACUUUGCGUCGUGCGCGUGUCUCAGUGACCAUCGGAAGUUCCCCACCUUCUUUCGUACGGUGCCCAACGACGUUUUCCAGGCGCAGGCGAUGGCCCACAUGCUGCGCUUGCUUGGCUGGACCUGGGUGGGCGUGGUUGCCGGGGACGACGACUACGGCAGGACGGGGAUCCAGCUGCUGCUGCAGGAGCUGCGCAGCUCAGAGGUGUGUGUCGCCUUCUCGCAGCUCAUCCCCAAAGCAGCAUCCGAGGCGAGGCUCGCUCACAUCGUGCGCCUCAUUAAGGAAUCCACAGCCAGGGUGGUGGUGACCUUUGCCAUUGACCCCGACAUGCAUGCCCUGUUGCGGGAGGUGGUGAGGCAGAAUAUCACGGACAAGCAGUGGGUCGCCACGGAGGCCUGGGUGACGUCGACCCUGUUGUCGGCACCGCAGAACCUCGCAGUGCUGGGCGGCACCGUGGGCUUGGCGCUGCGCAGGGCCGAAAUCCCCGGCCUCAAGGCCUUCCUGACCCGCUUGCGGCCCGAUGCCUCGGCCUCCGACCCCUUUGUCAGAGAGUUCUGGGAAAUGGUCUUUGAGUGCUCCCUGGACGACACUCUGCGCACCUCCAUUUCCCACAAGCCCCGGUGCUCUGGAACCGAGAGGCUGGAGCAGGUGGAGAACCUGUACUCGGACGUCUCGCAGCUGAGGGUCUCCUACAACGUGUACAAGGCUGUGUAUGCCAUCGCCGGCGCCGUGCACAACAUGCUUGCCUGCCGCCCCGGGGAGGGGCCCUUCGAGGGUGGGCGGUGCCCUGACGUGCCCCAGGUGCAGCCAUGGCAGCUCCUUCAUUAUCUCAGCGCUGCAAACUUCACCACGCCCGUUGGGGAGACGAUACACUUUGAUGAGAACGGCGACCCGAUGCCAUCCUAUGACAUCAUCAACUGGCAGCGGGGGCCAGACGGCUUAGUGAAGUUUGUCAAGGUGGGCCAGUUCGACGCUGUGGAUGGAUCUCGCAGCACCUUCCACUUUGACGUGAAGAGAGUGGUGUGGGGCGGUGGCCAGAUUGAGGUCCCCGUGUCGCUGUGCAGCAAGCCCUGUCCCCGGGGCACCUGGAGAGCACUGCAGAAAGGGAAGCCGGUCUGCUGCUUUGACUGCCUGCCCUGCGCAGACGGGGAGGUCAGCAACACCACAGGUUCAACAGAAUGCACCAAGUGCCCGGAGUGGUUCUGGCCCAACGCCCUGAGGACCGAGUGCGUCAGGAAGAAGGUGGAGUUCCUGUCGCUCGGGGAGAUGCUGGGCGUCAUCCUGGCCCUGCUCUCGCUGUCCGGGGCGGUGCUCACGGUGGCCGUCGUCGCUGUGUUCUUCCACCACAGGCACACGCCGCUGGUGCGUGCCAACAACUCGGAGCUGAGCUUCCUGCUGCUGCUGGCGCUGGCGCUCUGCUUCCUGUGUGCGCUGGCCUUCGUGGGUCGGCCCUCGCCCUGGUCCUGCCGGCUGCGCCACACCCUGUUCGGCAUCAGCUUCGUGCUCUGCAUCUCCUGUGUGCUCUGCAAGACGCUGGUGGUGCUGGUGGCCUUCCGCGCCACGCUGCCCGGGUCCAAUGCCAUGCGCUUCUUCGGCCUGCGGCAGCAGCGGCUCGGCCUGUCGCUCUGCACCCUCUUGCAGGUGCUCAUUUGCGCUCUCUGGCUGGCGACGGCUCCGCCCUUUCCCACAGAGAAUACGGGUCCGGGCGCCACGGUGGUCCUGGAGUGCGCCAUGGGCUCCGUGGCCUGGUUCGGCUGCGUGCUCGGCUACAUCGGCCUGCUGGCCGCCGCCUGCUUCCUGCUUGCCUUCCUGGCCAGGAAGCUGCCAGACAACUUCAACGAGGCCAAGUUCAUCACCUUCAGCAUGCUCAUCUUCUGCGCUGUGUGGGUCGCAUUCGUACCUGCCUACGUCAGCUCCCCGGGAAAGUACACGGUCGCCGUGGAGAUCUUCGCCAUCCUGGCCUCCAGCUAUGGGCUUCUUCUAUGCAUCUUUGCGCCCAAGUGUUACAUAAUUCUGCUGAAACCAGAGAGGAACACAAAGAAGAACAUGAUGGCAAAAUAAAAGACUUAAUGUCAUGUUUUUAAAAAAAAUGCCCAAUAAAGAAAUUGUGUUGCUGUCUGAACAAUAAGCUGACUGACGUUC